AGCCCGUCCAGGCACACUCAAGCCCAUUCAUUCACGACGUGCUUGACGCGCAACAUUGAUUCGGCACCCUGUCACGCCAAUGACGUAGGAUCGCUGCUCCCCCAGAAAGCUUGACGUCCACACGCCCCAACUCUGGCCAGCUUUACUCCAAACAUACCAUAGACGUCCUUCACGCCAGUCUUUCAUAUCCAACAUUCAAGGCGGACAUAUUAGAGAUUUGUUUGCUGGGCAAAGCUGAACUACGCGUACUGCAGCCCACCACACUGUCUACUCCAGAAGGCCCAAAGUAGCAAGCCUUGAGGACCACACGAAGAUAGUGCAGUCACCAUCAAGCGGAUUUCUCCUUUUCCAGGCCCUUUCCACUCAGAAUGCCGCCCGUUACAACCUUCGUCAACAGUCCCAUCGUGGCGGCCAAGCCGUCUGGCGCCACGCCUCAGACCGCUGCUCCCGGCGGCCAAGCUCCGCGUCCUGAGAACGGUCCUCCUGCAACAACAACGGCAGCAGCUGGCUCAUCAUCACAUUAUCCCGCUGCCCAGCCCGGAGCAAGACCGCCUGCUCCUACAGCUGCUGCCAGCGCCUAUACUCCCGCGGAUGUCGCGCCCGCGCCCACAAGGACAACCGCCGCCGCCAAUGACGACGGACCGGCACCACCACAGCCUGGCAACGCUCCCAUCGCACCUGGCUCUGGCUACGUAGCUCCCGCGCCUACCGGCACUGCUUCCAGUGCACGCAGCAAGCUUCCGCCACCUCCCAAAGCUGGCGAGAAAUUCGUGCCGCCUCCACCACAGAUGGGGAUUCCUCCGCCAGCCGGGCUCUACCCAGCUCAGCAGACUGGUACCCUGCCAUCGUCAGAUACCGCAGGCUACCAGGGCGGACCAGCGCCUGCGAACCUCGGAUAUGUGCCUCCAGGUUACCAGCCGCCUGGAGCCGGCACAACUGGCCCCUCCCGGUAUCAGCCUUCGCCCAUGGCGUCAGACCCGCAUGACCCUUAUAGCGACGGCGAAUCCGAGGGCAUCUGGAACGCGGCCAAGAAGUGGGCGUCCGGUGCCGGCGAGAAGCUUGCCUCGGCUGAGAGCGAGGUCUGGAAGCGUAUCAACAAGGACUGAUCCAGUCCUCGCGAGACUUGCCUGCAUGAAUCAGUCCCGCGGGCUCGAAACCGACCUCCCGGCCCAUAUAAUCAUGGCCUAUCAGCCAGCAAAGCUUUCAUUGAGGAAGUCAAUGGCCGACCACAACGCAUAGCUUGGGCACGAUAUUGUUGGACGGUGUCUGGGGUCGCUCGAGACCAAAAAGAACAUCUCUCGCCGGGAGCAGGAAUCGAACCAUGCAUCUCACGCCUAAAAAGCGUGAAUUCUGGCCAUUGAACCAUCCCGACCAAUCCAUGGAGGGUCAAGGAGCGCCAAGGAGCGCAGGAUGCACAGAGAACGAGCAAUCAUAGGACACGCUGGGUGCUGAUUGUCAUCUCGCCGGGAGCAGGAAUCGAA